AUGACGAAAAUCCACCUCGAGUUUCGCACUGCCACACCCGACGAUGCGCCCCAGCUCCAGCAGCUAGUGGAGUCUGCUUUUCGCGCCGAGGACAUCAGAGCGAACUGGACCGAUGAUUUAGGUCUCUCUUCUGAUUUCCGGAUCCAUGUCAAUGAUAUCAUGGCAAUGAUCACAAAGCCGGACAGCGUCAUGAUCAUGGCAACUGAUCGCGAUAACGCCUUAAUAGGCACAAUUGGAACUUCGAAGUGUGACGAUAAACGUUCUCGACUGUUCAUGCUUGCAGUUGAUCAAGCCAGGCAGUGCGGGGGUGUAGGUCGCCAGUUGCUCGCGCAUGCCGAAGACUAUGGCCAGAGAACAUGGGGGGUGACUAGCUUUGGGCUUAAUGCUCUCUCAAACCGCAAACAGCUCAUUGCAUGGUACGUCCGCCAAGGCUAUGAACAUACCGGCGAGACUACGCCUUUCCCUAAGGAGAGGCAUGAAGAUCUGGCGCUGCCAGAUGAUCUUUGUUUUGUCGAGUUACAGAAACAAUCGGUGUAA